AUGGGCGCUGUCUCUGGCCGUGUCUGGGAGCCCGGAGGGGGGCAUCUAAGUGUGCCCGAUAGCCCAGCCUUAGAGAGCUCCACCACAAACCCCAAAGCCGCAGCCACUCGGGUUCUCUCGGCCGGCGCUUUCGGACGGAACGACUGGACUGUCAAAGAGGCAUUGGUUUCACCUGAUUCUGAUACAUUAGAGAAUGAAAGUCUACAAUUGAUAAGAACGAAAGGGGUUGCUGGCGAAACGGGAACAAGUCUUGACGAGCGACAUGAUCGGACAGGGGGGGAGGAAAAUGUGGCGCUGGGCCAACUCGACGUGCGAGUUGGUGCACUUGAGAGGGAAAAGAAACUAGGGACGGGGAAUGUUUUGGACGACUUGCCGCCCGAAGCUUGGGAGCCCUGCCACUGGUGCAGAAACGAGAGCGUUGGGGGAGGUUUCAGCUUUUCAUCACAGGAAGCCACGUGUCCUGGCCGAGAAGCGGAUGCCAACGGGCAGCCUUACCGCAUCCGGGGCUUCAUCAUCCCCGAAACGACCGGCGGGCUGAACCAGAUCCGCCGCUACAUCUGCAACGCGGUGGGGCUCGCGCACCUUUUGCACGCCGCCCUAGUUCUCCCGCGCCUGCAGGCGGACGUGUUCUGGAAGGACGGCGGCGCGUUUGAGGACGUCUUCGACGUCGAUCAUUUCAUCGGACGGCUGAGAGGCGUCGUCCCCGUGGUGCGCGAGCUGCCGAAGAUUCUGCAAGGGCUGCCGCCGACCGAGAUCAAAGUCAGCCGCUUCGACAAGCCGUCUGACUACGUCCGGUGGGUUCUACCAGUUCUCCAACGGCGGGCAGUCAUCAAGCUGCGAGCCCGGUUUGGGGGCGAGUACGAGCCCGGGUUUGACCACUUCGAGCAGGCUCGGUGUCGGGCGUGCUUUGGCGCGUUCAAGUUUGUGGACCAUGUUGCCGAAACGGGGGAGUUGCUGCUGGCGAGAAUGAGAGAGAAAGGGCGGUUUGCGGCGCUGCACCUCAGAUUCGAGCCCGAUAUGGUGGCCUUCUCCCGGUGUGACUACCCAGACCUGCUCCCCGCUUCCGCUGACGUCUUACAGAGCAUCCGGUCAACGAGCCGGAAGUUCAACAAGCGGAAACAGGUGGAGGCGGCGGAACUCCGGCGGCAGGGCCUGUGCCCGCUGACCCCCGCAGAAACCGCUAAGGUUUUCCUCGCGCUUGGGAUCCCUACCGAAUUGCCGGUGUACCUGGCGACGGGGGACUUUCUGGAGCCGGAAGGGCUGACGUCGGUGUACCGUAACACGUUCCGAAAAAGCGAUCUGCUGACGAAAGCAGAGCUGGAGCCGUACGGGGGUAGGGCAAACCUCUUGGUCGCGUUGGAUUUCUACGUGGCAACUAGGAGUGACUACUUUCUGGCGACGUUCUAUUCAAACGUGGAGCAAAUGGUGGUGUCCGAUCGGACGCUCAGCGGCCGGAGGCACAGCUUGAUUUUGAAUCGGACGGCUGUGGCGGAAGCGCCGGCACAUGAGGGGGAGUGGCCAACAUUCAAGGCUAUGAUGCUGAGGUCUCAUCUAGGAGAACAGGUUACGGUGCAGGCGGGGCAAGUGCCCGAGAAGUUGCCGUACUGUAUGUGCCCAAAACGGACGUCAAGCGAAGGUGCCCGUUGA